CUUGAACUGCUGCAUAACCUAGCAAAGUUUUCACCUGUGGAGUCAUGAGUGAAAAGGCGGCGUAUGAAGCUAAAAUGAAGAAACUAGCUGAGGUCUUUGCAGAGGACUCUGACAGUGCUGAGACGUUUGAUGGUUUUUCUGACUCUGAGGUCACAGACACGAUUUUAGAUAUUCCUCAUGAAGCACAACCUGACUCCCCUCCCAUGGAGCUGGAGGCCACAUCUGAACCCCCUGGUGCCCAUGAGCCGUUCAGGCUGAGGAUUGCACUUCGCCCUGCUCCUUCUCUCCAGCUAGAGUAUGAAGAUGCAGAGGAGGAGAGUGAUAUAACGUCAAAGAGGGGAGUAAAGAGGCCUAGAGAGCCCAAAAAAAAGAAGAAGGGCAGACGCGUGAAAUUUGAGGAUAAGGAGACCGCUGUGAGUCAACCGUGUGGGGCUGAGGAGCAUGGAUCAGGAUCUGCAAGCGAUGAGUCGGACAAUUUCCUGGCCAAGAGAGAGAAGAACAUCAAGGCCAACAAAGCAAUGCUAGCUCAGCUGAUGGCCGAUCUGCAGAAAAUGACAGGAGGGGUUGGGGUUUUGAAAAAACAAUCAGGCAGACAGACUACUAAAAGAAAAAGCCCCUGUGCACCUCACCGUGCUCUGAUUGACGGGGAAUCCAGGAGGAAUCCAGAGCGGGCUUCUCGCAGACAGACCCGCUCUAUGGGGGGAAUCGAGGACCCUCCAGCUCAGCAGCAGGCAGACGUGGAGCUUACCUUGGAGGAGGAACUGCUGGAGGUGCAUCGAGCUCCUCGCUGUCGUGGCACUCCACGACCCAAUCAGAGCAAACCUCAUAUAAUCCGUCCAGUAGAAGACAUCACUACAGAGGAGCUGGAGUUGGUGGCUGACAAUAUGACUGACAAGGUGUACAACAGUGUCACAGGUUCCACUUGUCAUCAGUGCCGCCAGAAAACCGUGGACACAAAGACGUGCUGCCGCAGCGAGAGCUGUCGGGGGAUUCAGGGUCAGUUCUGCGGACCAUGCCUGAGGAACAGAUAUGGCGAGGAUGUCAAGAAGGCACUGCUUGAUCCGGACUGGAAGUGCCCCCCAUGCCGAGGUAUUUGCAACUGCAGCUUCUGCCGUCAGCGUGAGGGCCGUUGUCCUACAGGGAUCUUAUUUCCUCUGGCUCAGUACCACGGGUUCUCUAAUGUUCACUCCUACCUCAGCAGUCUGCAUGAAAAACUGGAGGUUGAGGAGAAAACCGAGAUGUGAUUUCAAUUUGUUUUACCCGUUAC